AUGGCUGCCACUACAGGAGCUGUAGCAGCUAGUGGGAUGAAGACAGCCUCGACAACGAUGGCGACAGCAGCGACGACGACGACGACGACGACGACGACGACGACGACGACGACGACGACGGCAGCAACAACGACGGGAACGGCGACCGAGGUGACCGAGAUGAAGAUUGAAGGGCAGGAAGAAGUGAGCGAGGUGCGUCGGUCGGUGGAAGUGGACAUUCCGGCUGAUGUGGUGAACCCAGAGUGGUAUGUCAAAGAGCCCAAGCGAAAGUUGGCGCUGUUCCUUGGCUUUAACGGGACAAAGUACUUUGGCAUGCAGAUCAAUAGCAAUCUGCCUACGGUCGAGCGUGAGCUGAUGAUGGCCUUUGUCAAGGCCGGCGCUGUCUCUAACGACAACGCGCUCUCGGCCACAAAGAUCUCGCUAAGCCGCGCAGGUCGGACUGACAAGGGAGUUCAUGCUGCGGGCAUGAUUGUGGCCGCCAAGCUCGAGGUGCCGUCCGAGGGCGGCAUCGACACCCUCGUCGACCGCAUCAACGACGUCCUACCCGAGGAUGUCAGCGUGUUUGGCGGGCAGCGGGUGACCAAGAAGUUCAACGCUCGCCACUCGUGCGGCUCGCGGCGGUAUGAGUACUUGCUGCCGACCUUUGCGCUCGCGCCCGAGCUCUUCCGCCGCUUCCGGCUCGAUUCGGACGAGCUUGCCCCGGCGCCCGCCUCUCCGGCGUCUGCGGACGAGGUCAUUGCUGCCAUCAAGGCGGUCAAGGGCGUGAAGGCCGAGGAGCAGAUCCAGCAGCUGCCGCAGGCGCUGGUCGACUUUCGUAUCGGCGACGAGCCGAUUGCCAAGGCGCGCGAGCUCUUCCAGCGUUAUGUCGGAACCCGCAAGUACCACAACUUUACCUCGGGCAAGCGGUACUCGGACCCGCAAUCGCAGCGGCACAUCCGCGACUUUACCGUCUCGGACCCGUUUGUCACUGCAGGCCUCGAGGUUGUGCGGCUCUGCGUCCACGGCGACUCGUUCCUGUUGCACAUGAUCCGAAAGAUGAUCGGCUUUGUGGUCAUGAUUGUCCGCCACGGCGGUUCGGUUGCCGACUACAACCUGGUCGCUUUCUUCGAGCGCGCUUUUGCCGACUCGGUUGUUCGCGUCCCGCGGGUGCCGGGCAACGGCCUUUUCCUCUACCGCUGUGAGUACGACGGAUACAACUUGAACAAGAACUCGCCGGAAGAGAUGCUCCUCUGGGAUGCCUUUGCUGACAAGCAGGAGGCCUUUAUUGCCGACCGCAUCUACCCGACCAUUGUUCAGAACGAAGUUGUCGACUCCCUCUGCAUGUACCGCUGGCUCGCCCUCGUUGAUUUCGCCUGCGAGCGUUUUGGCCUCGGCGACGACGAUGGCGAUCGCACCCUCCCGCCCGGUGCCAUGCCCUCGUGGUUUGUCCAGCACAUGGCCCAGCUCCGUGGUGAGCCCGUCCCCACCACCAUCGCCGCCACCGUCGAGCAAGCAGCCAAGCCUGCCUCUCCUCCCACGACCGAGUGAAUCCCUCCAUCUGAUCGCUUCCACAAUGAGCAAUGGUGCGUG